UUUAUUAUGAAUACUUAUAUUAUAAACAUUACAGAAUCAGCUUUAGAGCAAUUAAACUCUAUUAGUAAACUAAAUAAGAAAGAUAAAUUAUAUAUUCGUAUUGGAAUUAAACAAGGUGGAUGUUCUGGCUUAUCUUAUUUUAUGAAUUAUGAAAAACAAUCUAAUAUAAGCGAUAAAGAUCUGGUUUAUAAUUAUGAUAAUUUUACUUUAGUAUGUGAUAAUAAAAGUAUUUUAUAUUUAUAUGGAAUCUCUUUAGAUUAUAGUUCGUCAUUGAUAGAUGGUGGGUUUAAGUUCUUAAAUCCGAAUGCAAAGCAAACUUGUGGAUGUGGUAAAUCUUUUUCGUAAAUAACAUUAAAUUAUACCACAUUUAAUAUGUGGUAUAAUUUGACGAUGAAAAUUAUUAUAUUAUAAUUAAUAGUGUUAAUUUAUAAUUUUACAACAAAUAUAUUAAUGGUUAAUUAU